ACGAGGGAUUAAAGCUCCAAACCAUAUAUAACUCGCACGCAAUCUCUAGGGUUUUUGCUGAGCGCCUUUCGUUGCAACGAAGUACAACAGUUUCCUACUUCUGUCCUCCAUUGCUCAGCAGCUCCGCCACCAUGGCCGUCGGGAAGAACAAGAGGAUUUCAAAGGGGAAAAAGGGAGGCAAGAAGAAAGCGGCUGACCCGUUUGCAAAGAAGGAUUGGUAUGAUAUCAAAGCGCCGUCAGUGUUCAACACCAGGAACGUCGGCAAAACCCUAGUUACUCGUACUCAGGGUACCAAGAUUGCUUCAGAAGGACUCAAGCAUCGUGUGUUCGAGGUGUCUUUGGCUGAUCUUCAAGGUGAUGAGGACCACGCCUUCAGAAAGAUCCGGUUGAGAGCUGAGGAUGUUCAGGGAAAGAAUGUUCUCACAAACUUUUGGGGCAUGGACUUCACCACUGAUAAAUUGAGAUCACUUGUCAGAAAAUGGCAAUCACUGAUUGAGGCUCAUGUAGAUGUCAAGACAACUGACAACUAUACUUUGAGGAUGUUCUGCAUUGCAUUCACCAAGAAGCGGGUAAACCAGCAGAAGAGGACAUGUUAUGCACAGUCAAGCCAGAUUCGUCAAAUCCGGAGAAAGAUGCGGGAGAUCAUGGUUAACCAAGCACAAUCCUGUGAUCUCAAGGAUUUGGUUCAGAAAUUCAUCCCUGAGUCAAUUGGAAAAGAGAUUGAGAAGGCUACAUCAAGCAUCUACCCUCUGCAGAAUGUUUUUAUCAGGAAGGUUAAGAUCUUGAAGGCUCCCAAAUUCGAUCUGGGCAAGUUGAUGGAGGUUCAUGGUGAUUACAGUGAAGAUGUUGGUGUGAAGUUGGACAGGCCAGCCGAAGAGCCAGCAGCCGAGGCAACUGAAGUUGUUGGGGCCUAGAUGGAUGGAUACAUGUUAAAAUUCUAUCAUAUCUUCUCUUUUUCUCCGGUCUGUUUGUUUAGUCUUAUUACCUUGAAAGAGACAGAGACAGGAAUGCAAUAUGUAGUUGAUUUUGGAGCCAUUUAGGAAGAGAUUUUGUUUUUAAGAGAAGUUGAAAAUGGCCUUUCUAGAGAACCAUUGAACAUGGCUUUCUUAUUACAUUUUACAUUGGUUUUGAAGUUCCUUCGAGAUCUUACCUGCAAUACUGUUUAGUUGCAGAUUUUUCCUGAAAUAAUGUUCAUCUACCAUGUUGGCCGUUUGGAACUCAA